CGGUUCCAUUUUCACCCGAGUUCGUCCCUUCGUCCCGUGUUGAUGUGCGAGAGGGGGAAAAACUGACAAAGCAAAAAGGGAGUUGGUGGUGCCCGAACAUAAAGGGAAAAGGGAAACAAGAAAGAGUAAACAAAUGUUAAGAAGAAACGACGAAAACUGCAAUAUUCUGCAAACAUAGCUAACAGUUGUUCGCUCGGGUUCUCGGUCGGGUCGUUAAGGGAAUCGUUCCCUAUGCAGUGCAAUUGGAUUGGAUUGGAGCAGUUGUGAUUUUUACGAUUUGUGAAUAAAAAUCGUAAGAGUUUUAGGAGUUCUUAAGAAUUUAUUCACAUCUCGAUUCGAUGGAAAUGGCCAGCAGUAAUUCAACAAAAAUAUCUUCGUGAUUAAUCAGAAGUGACUGUGAAAUGCAGUGAGUGAGUUCUCCGGGUUUGCUGCUACUGUUGAAGAAAAUGAGUGAACUUGGUGGAAAUCGUCGAAUUAUUUUCGCUCGCUUGGAUUGCUUCACGAUGGCGCACGACAACGGAACCCAACUAUACGGACGGGAUGUGUCCGGGCCAUGGAGCAGCGACUGUGUGACUGGCCCAAGCCACAGAGCAUAACUGGGCCAGCCGGAAGCAGUAGCGGUGGGACGCAAGGUCAAAGCUCCAACGCCAAAGCCCCCAUCGAAAAGGUCAAAAUCACACAGCUCGAGUCGGCAGUCGAGGAGCAGAAACAGCUUAGGCUCCAGGACGCCCGCCAGGUCGGUGCCAAGGCGGCCAAAAUCAAGGAGUGGGUCACCAACAAAUUACGCGAGCUUGAGGAGCAAAACCAGCUCCUGAGGGAGCAGAACAUCAAGUGCAAUCAACAGUUAGAGUUGUUAAGGAACCACAUCGCAACCCAAAGCAGUAGACAUAGUAUACAGCAACCCGUUAGAUCUAGUUUAAGCUUAGACGUCCAGGACUACAAGCGGCGCAGCGGUCGCCGACGGAGCGAAUCCCUUGAUCCGCCGGAGCAUCGCUCCCUGGCGUCAUCGUCCGUGCACCAUCACCGACGGAACCUUUCGAUGGAACCUCAGGAAUUAGCUAGAGACUUAGCGGCCGCCGUCGACGGCCUUAACCUUAUCCCCCUCGUCCCAGGUCAUCAGCCCAGUCCCAACUCCGAUGUGGACACCGCACAUGACUACGCGGAGAUCUACACGCCUUCGCGUGAGAAGGCCCCCACCUGGUUGAAGGGUCUCCCAAGCGGGGGAUCCAGUACGACCACCUCGGACUCGGUGGCCGACUUGAGAACCCCGCGACCUCCAACGCCUCCACUUCAUCGAUUCCCCAGCUGGGAGGCGAAGAUCUACCAGGUGGCAAAUGAUGGCCUAGCAGGUGACGAAAACGAAUCUCAGGACCAGGAGUCCGGGUCCGGCAUGACGUCCAGCGUAGGGAUGAACUCCCGCUCGCAAACCGUGUCCGGUGGAUACUGUGAUAUUAGUGUACCGGUUUACGCCACCGUUAAAGGGCGUGCCUCCCAGAUCCGAUCGAUGCCAUUUACCGGAGAUUCAAGCGACGACAGCAGUGACGGCGAGGAUCACGGUGCCAUUAUGACCUGUGCCACAUCCACUCAUAAUUCGCACAACUCAACCAGCACGGAUAACACCGAGACGAGCACCUCGGGCAGUGCGUCUAGUCCUUCGAAGAGUCUCAAAACCUCCUCUAGUCUGAGUCCCGCCAAACGUAGUGGGUCCGAAAGUCCAAAGAACAAAGCCCGAGGGCUGUCCGAUGACUACGCGAUACCACCGGAUGCGGUGUCUACGGUGGACACGACCUGCAUGGACGCGUCGAUGCCGUCGCUGCUGAUGAGAACCUCCUACGCCGAUUCGCCGAAAAAGAUGGAGACCUUGGAAAAGGUGGGCCAUCUGGCCAAGCUGGGCGGUAAACUGAAAACGUGGCGCAAGCGAUGGUUCGUACUGAAGAACGGUCAGCUGACGUACUGGAAGAGCCAGCACGACGUGAACCGGAAACCGCAGGGAACGAUCGCAUUAGACGAGGCGUGUCGGAUAAACCGUGCGGAGGGAGCGUCGACGUUUGAGAUUGACACGGGCAAGAAGGUGUACUAUCUGACGGCCGAUUCGAAUGCUACGAUGGAUGACUGGAUACGGGUCCUGCAGAACGUGCAGAGGCGAAACGCUACGAAACUGCUGCUCAGUCGAGACGAUCAGAAGCCAACGGUACAGGGGUGGGUUACCAAGGUGAAGAAUGGACACGCAAAAAAGUGUUGGUGCGUGCUGUUGGGAAAGAUGUUCCUGUAUUUUAAGGCACCGGGGGAGACGAAUCCACUCGGUCAGAUCAACAUGCGGGACGCUCGGGUUGAAGAAGUGGAGCACGUUUCCGAUUCGGAUUCGGAAGAACGUGAAGAUCAAGCGCAAAGUCAAGCAAGGCUCACCGUUGCGAUUUAUCCGCAGCAACAAGGAGUGGGUCCGACGUAUCUAAUUCUUCCGGGGAAACAGGAACGUGACAAUUGGCUGUACCACCUUACGGUUGUUUCGGGUGGGGGCCCAAAUGCCGGUACCCAGUACGAGCAGCUUAUUCAGAAAUUGAUGGAAACUGAUGGCGACCCCAAUUGCGUCCUAUGGCGACACCCAAUUCUACUGCACACUAAGGACAACAUAACCUCACCACUGACUUCGUUACAUUCCGAAACGCUUCAAGCGGAAGCUAUCAAGCUUUUCAAGAGCUGCCAACUGUUCAUGUCGGUGGCGGUCAACCAGCCGGGAAUCGAUUACCACGUGGUCCUUGCCCAGAACGCGCUCCAGCAAUGCUUGGAUAUGCCCGAACUUCAGUCGGAACUGAUUUGCACCCUGAUCAAACAAACGUCCCGCCAUACCGGCCAAAAACUGGGUGUAGGUGUCCAGGUAAACAAAAAACUGGGCAUACCGGCUCGUCAAUUGCUGUUGUGUGCCACGCAGAGUUUGUUCACUUGCGAUACGCUACAAGGCAAUGCAUCUCAAGCGAAUGGGAGCUCACCAACUUCCAUUCAGGCACCAGCGGUACCUCCGAUCGACUGCAAAUCUAAUCCGCCGGCCUACACGUUUAUCCAGGGAUGGCAGCUACUAUCGCUCGCCGUGUCGCUAUUUGUGCCAAAGAACAAUCGCCUGCUGUGGUACCUCAAGCUGCACCUGUCGCGCAACGCGGAUUCGAAAACUGAGUGCGGAAAAUACGCGGCCUACUGCGAGCGUGCGCUAGAACGAACGAUGCAGAACGGAGGUCGUGAAACGAAACCCUCGCGGAUGGAGGUUCUGUCGAUCCUGCUGAAGAAUCCCUACCACCACUCGUUGCCGCAUGCCAUACCGGUGCACAUGAUGAACGGCACCUACCAGGUGGUUUCGUUCGAUGGGUCGUCCACGAUCGAAGAGUUCCAUGCGACGCUGGCGCAGGAGAUCGGCUGCCGCGAUGGUGCGAACGGGUUCACGCUGUUCAGCGACGAUCCGAUCGAGAAGGACCUGGAGCACUACCUGGAUCCGCAGGCUAAGCUUUGCGAUGUCAUCUCCAAGUGGGAAACAGCACUCCGUGAGAAGGGAUCCGGAAAGUUUGAAAACUCGCGUGUCAUUCAGCUAACGUACAAGAACCGUCUCUAUUGGAAGCAUGCAGCCAAGCUGGAAACCGAGAAGGAGCGACUCCUUCUCAGCUACCAGAUCAAUCAACAAGUUGUUCAAGGACGAUUCCCGUUGUCGCGGGAUUUGGCCUUGGAGUUAGCCUCACUGAUGGCUCAAAUCGAUAUGGGAGACUACGCAGCUGACAAGUCCAAAACAAGUUCCUUGCAAGCGUUGGACAAAUUCUAUCCAUAUCGAUACAGGGAUGCGCUCACGUCAGAAGGUUUGAAAGAGCUUCAAGAAGUCGUUGCGGGCAAAUGGUCCCUGUUGAAGGGUCGUUCCGUUGUAGAUUGCGUCCGAAUAUACCUGACUUGCGCUCGGAAGUGGCCAUUCUUCGGCGCUGCUCUUUUCCAAGCAAAACCCCGACAUUCCGAUCAAGCGAUGGCAUGGCUGGCUGUCUCUGAGGACGCCCUCAGCGUUCUUGAACUCUCGUCCAUGGGAUCAAUCGCACGAUAUCCGUACAGCUCUGUGAUGACCUUCGGAGGUUGUCAAGAUGAUUUCAUGCUGGUAGUCAGUGCGGACGAUACUUUGGCCGGAAGCCCUGAGCAGAAGCUUCUAUUCGCCAUGAGUAAACCAAAGAUUCUGGAGAUUACACUCCUCAUAGCGGACUACAUGAAUGCCCUCGGUCAUACACUUCCUGGAACGCCGCAGAUGAACACACUGACGAGGAACGGAAGCCAUCGAAGUAUUAGAUCCCGAGUCCACCCGGGUUCGUGCACGGGAACGCCGGCGCACAAUACGCUCAACUCGUCGCAUGCCAACACAACUCACGCCCACAACACGCUCACGUCCCACUCACAUACGCUCAAUUCGCACGUCAGCCACACGCUCAGUUCGCACGGCCAGCCGGACAUCCUCAAGAGCACACCGGAUCACCAGCGGCGUUAGAAUGGUUGAGCAAGGGGAACGCAGCAUAAAUACGCACAACAUAUGCCGUCACGUCGCAAUCAUUCGGAAAAAGAAAUAUUCACACUCACAAUCGUUCAGGUUAGACACCGAAGCAAGUUAGAGGAUUUUGACCAGUGUAAUUCGAUUUACACAAGGCGUACGCGAUCGCUUGCUGCGAUUGAGAAUUUGGUUAUCCCCAACGUUGCCAUGGUAACGAGUAUGCAAGUUGAUAUUAUUUGUGUACAGAAUUGAUUUACCAUAUUUUAGGCAUUUAUUUUCCAAUAUUUUUUUUUACCAAAAUAACACUUUUCUAACAAACGGAUCUAGUAUACAUUUAGGCAACUAAGGAAAUACAUUUGUAAUAUUUUACGAAAAGUUUUGAGUUUUUGUUUGAUUUUUUUGUUUCCAUUAAUAACAUAUCUAAUUUAAUGUAAAUAAUUCUCAUAACAACUAAGUGAACACUCAGUGAACUCAAAACUCCCGUACUCCAGUGUUAGAGAAAUAAAAGUUCAAAUGGUUUUCCAGAGUGCUCGAUUUUUUUUUAUUAAGAUGAUUUCAGUAAGUACUUUACACAUUCUUAAUUUAUAGACUAAAGAGAAUCUAACCAAAUCCAAUAAAAGUGGUAAGCGUGAAAUGAUAAACAAAAUGAAAAAAAUAUGGAAGACUUUUCCGGAGGCGAAUUGUUACAGAUAUGAAUAAAAAUAGGAAAAACAUUGUGAUUUUUUACGCAAAACUACUAUAUUUAGACAGCGAAACAGAUAAAAAAACAGUUAUACUACGAAUGUAUGAAAGAAAUAUAAAUGCGAACAAAAAAGUUAACUAGACUAAAAUUGGCAAUUAUACAUAAAUUCACACAUACACACGCGCUCAGUAACUAAAAGAUAGAUUAGCGGCUGGCAAGUAGGAAAGCAUGAAGUAGGGCCUCCAUAUUGGUCACCAGGGCAAAAUACAACGCAAUAGUCACAAUGUAAACGCGGUUUUUCGUUGUUCAACACAAGCCAUCUAACGGGAGUUUUGUAAUCUCAAACUGUAGAGAAUGAAUCAGUAGGGAAGAAACAUAUUGUACUCCUCGAGGUUCUGUAUCAAUGCCUCCUUUCCGCAGAAAAGAGUGAUUGAAAUUGUUCGCACCACGAUGAAAUGGAGAAGUGAAGGUGGAAAAAGUUGGGCCGUCAGAAGGCAAGCUACCAGUAAGUGUGUCAUAGAACCAGAAAUGGGACAGGGAAACGCGUAAAAUCAAAGAAGAUGUAAAAUUGAGUGGAGUGUAAAAAUAUAGGACAUCGAUGAUUGUUUACUAUA